AUGGUCAUGGAAGCUCUGCUCAAAAUUGCAGUGCUCUUUUUCUUCCUCCAUCUCUCCAUUCCUGUUAACUCGUCUCCUUCUCAACACCUUCAGAUCAUCAAUGCCGAACGCAGGAUUGACCUGAAUUCUCACAUUAUUAAGGUGUACUUGACGUUGAAGGUUGAAAACUCAGGCACUUCUCCUACUUCAGAAGUACAUCUUGCCUUUUCACCUGCUGAAGCCGAACAUCUAGCAGUAGUCAAAGCUGCAGCAACUACCGGGAAGAAGAAGAAGAAGACCUAUGUUCCUCUUGAUGUUAAAUCCGCUGAGAUACCUGAUGGACCAAAUGGAACUAAAUUUUUCGCUAUAACCUUGUUAACUCCACUCAGUAAAGGUGAAUCGAUAACACUUGAGGUGCUUUACUUAUUGACACAUUCUCUGGAACCUUUCCCAGUAGAAAUUAGUCAAUCCGAUUCGCAGUUGGUCUAUUUCCGUGAUAGUGCAAUAUUAUUGUCUCCCUAUCAUGUCAAGGAACAGACAACUUUCAUCAAGACACCAAGUGCUCGGGUAGAAUCAUUCACAGUAUUGGAGCCCACUAAACGAGCUGGUUCAGAGCUAAGAUAUGGGCCAUAUGACAGUCGUACCCCGUAUUCAUAUUCUCCUGUACUUGUUCAUUUUGAAAAUAACAAUCCCUUUGCCGUUGUCGAGGAGCUGGAACGUGAAAUUGAAAUAUCUCACUGGGGAAGCAUACAGGUCAUAGAGCGAUACAAACUGGUUCAUGCUGGUGCUAGACACAAAGGUGUUUUUUCAAGGGUUGAAUAUCAAACUAGAUCAGGUGCUAGUGGUGUUUCUUCAUUUAAAAGUCUUCUUGCAAAACUACCCCCUAGGGUUCACUCAGUAUACUACCGGGAUGAAAUAGGCAAUAUUUCUUCUUCACAUCUACGUACAGAUUUUCUAAAGUCAGAACUUGAAUUUGAACCUAGAUAUCCUCUAUUUGGAGGCUGGAAAUCCACCUUUCUCAUUGGUUAUGGACUACCAUUGCAAGACUUCCUUUUUGAGUCUUCGGACGGCAGAAGAUACCUCAAUUUUACUUAUGGUUGCCCUCUUGCUGAGACCGUGGUUGACAAGUUGAUUAUAAAGGUUGUGCUUCCAGAGGGAUCGAAAAAUCCGGAAGCCGUGAUUCCUUUUCAAGUAGAUCAACAUCUAGAGACCAAGUAUUCAUACCUUGACAUUGUGGGAAGGACUGUGGUGGUUCUAGAAAAGAGAAAUGUUGUUCCUGAGCAUAACAUCCCUUUCCAGGUAUACUACAAUUUUAACCCUAUAUUCAUGCUUGCUGAGCCAUUGAUGCUUGCAUCUGUUUUUUUCCUGCUUUUUGCGGCGUCUGUGGCAUAUUUACAUAUGGAUAUUUCCAUUCGCAAGUCAUGA